UUUGUCCUUGGUUUGAACCAACUUUUUUGUUCAGCAAUGCCGCAAUCGGAACACGAUCAUCAUGUCGCCAGUUGGACGAUGACGACGGGCGACGGGAAAUCUGCCCAUGCAGCAGUUCACGCUCCUCACUCGAGCAGCGCUAGCCACCACGUCGAGCCUUCAACUCAUCACGAGCAGCCUCAACAACAUCACCAGAGCCAGCACGAGCAACACCAGCUGCGCCCGCAUCCGCACGAGUCACAAGAAAGGCACCAUGAGAAGGCAGAGACCAUGGAGCAAGACCAACGCAAAGAAAAAGCGCACGUACACAAACGCAACGCCGAUACGCUCGCUGCAAGUGACGAGGCGCUUGAGCGUGCCGCGAAAAUCAUCGAGGCCAGUGGCGGUGCCGAAGACCGUCGUAUCACACGCGCCCAGGCGGCCAAGGCGCUGCGCAGUGGAACGACGCCGGAUGCGCCUACUGCGCAAAUGGGGACGCGGACCUCAGCUUCCUCCACCGCCUCCAUGCGCGCGUCCAAGCCCAAAGCUGCGACAAAGACGAAACCGGGCGCACACAAAGAUGAACGGGCACCCAAGCGCACAGAGAAAGGCAAAAAGGCACCCAAGAAGGCGAGCAAGACGGGGGCGAAAACAAAGAAGAACGCCGACGCCGCCCAGCAAGCCGUGUCCGAAGACAAAGCCGAGGAACGCGAGGAGCAUGAUGACAGCGGUGAUGCUUCAACGCCUGUGGUCUUGCAGGGAUCGGUGGAAAAGGAGCGCUCUCACGAUGAUGCCGAGAUCGGCGCCAAGACCGACAGUGCUACAGCAGGAAGCUCGACCCCUUUGCUCACCGACUCUGACCCUUCAACUUUGGAUCCAGCAACCAUGGACACUACUCACGCCUUGGAAUCCGUGAGCGCGAGCGGUGGCCAUGAUCGAACUUCCACCGCAACCGAGGCGGCAGCGUCCACGAGUGCUGACAACACCACCAAGAAGGACGAGCUCGAUGUGCACAACAGAAACGCCGUCCAAGCCAUGACCAUGAAUCAGCACCAGCACAGCGCGAUGCGUACCAGUGAAGAGGCACCUAAGGCUCGCAACCUGGAGCAUGGGCGGAUUUUCUUCUUCUACCGCCCAAAGGUGAUGCUGUCGGAGGCGCAGGGCAUGGACGACGUCCAGCGCUUCCACAUUUUACUCUGCCCCGAGACUGGAUCUCUGGCCACCGCCGCAACGGCUGACAUGAGUACUCACAAGACCGUCAAGCGCGUCAUCAACGUGGGUCGCAAGCACCUGCCCAACAUUGGCAAGCACGAGACAGUGUGGGCAUUUGUGAGCAAAGCGUCCGUUGAGCUGUCCGAGGUAGAAGCGGUGCUCGAGAAGGAGCAGUACUCCACCAAAACAAUAGGCGAGCGCACUGUCGAAGGCGAGCGUCCGGCAGGCGAGGGUGUGUACGCGUUGGUCGACGUUCACGGCCACUCGCAUCUCGUGUACAGUUUGCAACUGCCGCGCGACCUCGGUGAUGUUCAGCAUUCCUUCAACAUUGGAGAAGAAGGGUCCUUCCUCAUGCAGGUGCGCAACCCCUUCUUCCAACCCACGGACGCUGCUCUCGAGCGAGCGGGCAGUCAACGCUUGGGCCUGAGCGACGAGGACAAAGUCGCCUAUCCUCAGCAGCUCAUCGACAAGUUUGAAGGCAAACGCUGGGCUCCCGUCCGCGACACUCGUAUGCUGGACUUUGACAAUGUCGAGCUCUUGUUGAUUGGCGCGCACGAAGAUGUCGCUGCUUCGUUGGGUGCACACGGGCAAGCCAUUGUCGAUGCCUCCAAAGUUCGCGUGAAUCCUCGCCAAGUCCUGCAAGAGCUAGGACUCCAGCCUCGCGAGCACCCCAUCGCACCUGUGCUUACCGGCGAUUGGAAGUGAAGCCCCGAAAAGAAAUAAAGAGGGGGGGGGAAAUUUGGCGACGGUGUUUAUACUGUGUUGUUGUCGAAGUUGUCGUCGAAGGUGUCGUCGAAGGUGUCGUCGUUGUUGUUCAUGUGCUUUGAAGGUGGUGUGGCUUGAAAUAUGGCGCCCCAAAAGAAGGGAAAUACAUCGGCAUGCAUGAAUGGCGAAAUUGCAAAACAAAAAAAGUGGAUUGUGUCAACAAGACAUUGUAGACAAUUGAAAGAUAGAGAGAGAGAGA